AUGUCAGUCAAAGAACAUUGUCUGUGGCUUCUCGUUUGGGGCCUACUGCUUCAGACGACUUAUUGUCAGCAACAUCGUGGUUACUUCCUCCUUCGAGUAGUAUCUGUUAAAAAUACUAAUGGGCCGUUUAAGGCUAGUAAUAGCUUCUUAAUAACGGCACCAACUACACCUUCCCACCCCCUCACUAUCCGCCAAAAUCCUUCUUUGACCUGUCCCACCAAGCCCGAGGCGAUUUACCCCCCUUCAAGCAUUUGGUUAGCGGACUGGCGUAUCCCUGCAACAUCAUCACUAACUCCAUCCUCAACAUCUACAUCCGCAUUCUCAUUUUUCACACGCGCAAAAAUGGCGAUGGAAGAUGUUAAGACCCCGUUACUAAGGAGCUUGAGUGGAAAGACUAGAUCUUUGGUGUUUGGUUAUUUUGGUGCUGACGAGGGUAGUGCAAAGGAGGGUAUGGUGGGACUAUUAGAAGUGCCAGAUGGGAGUAGAAGCUCAGAAGGAUUCAGGGAAGGGGACACUGUGGUUGAUGUGGAUGGGCUUGGAAGUGCUGAGAGUAUACGGUUUCUGCAUGAUCCAAUAGAUCCAUCCGCUGGAUCUCCAAAUAUAAGACCAAAUCUUACACCGCCAAUGAGCGGAUCUUGGAUUACCGGGACCCUAGAUCCCAGCAUCAAAGAAGGGAAAGCAUAUUUUACGGCUUGUGAACCAACCACAGCAAACGCAGGAACAUACCAUCUAUUUCGAGCUGCAAUCCCGAAACUCAGACGUUCGGAGAAUUUUUUCGAACUCUUCUAUUCAUCCUGUGAGGAUGUUUAUGUUCAUGCUGAACGGGUAGCAGAUGACUCCAUCUGUUUUCGAUGGGAUAUGGGGAGAGAAAGGGAUGUCAGUACAUUUUCUGAUUUAGGAGAAAAACGGCUAUUUACGCUAUAUCAUAACUCUGUCGCUCCUUCGAUUCCGAUAGUAAUAACCCCAGAAGUCGACAACCCACCUCAACCUACCGCUGUCAAUCCAGAUACCAUAAGUAACAUCAAUAUUAAUAGCAACUUCAAUAAUAAUCAGGUCCCAAAUAUGAAGAACCACUACAUCCCUGUAACCCGCAAAACCUCACAAGCCUCGAACCCGAUCGAGCGCACCAUAAGCUCUAUUACCGCCGUUGAAGACCUCCUUACAGAAGAGGAUGGUAACGAUAUUACUUCCUUCGCUGACGGUUUAAAAGAUUUCAUGGGUGCCGGGAGGGAAACGCCCGCUUUUGGGUCUACUGAGAACUCAGACAGUGGUGGGAGUAGGGAAGGUAUGGAGUUACCAGAUGAGGUUAAUAUUCUGCCUGCUAUCGGGAAUAUGGUUACACCAGGGGUUUUAAGCAACAGAAUUUCAUUGGAUCAGAGAAGGGGUGUUAGGGAUAAGCUUACCGUUCCUGUAGCAAACGUGGAUAAGGUUUCAAGAAGGGAAAGUAUUCAGGUCUCGGACCCUUAUAACCGGCUAUACCCUUACCUACCAUGCUUCGAUGCUUCUCAACAACCAAGGUCACAACAGUUGGCUACACAACAAUCACAGCAGGUGGAUAAUUCGCAGGGGCAAGAUGAGGGAAGUGGCACUAGUGGUAAUCUAGCGCGCUCUAGGCCACAGGCAGUGGUUACCAGCAACCCACUGUUGAGCAUGCAACGGAGUAAAGGUAGUCUGCCGCUUCUGAUAGAACCAAGGGGGCCUGGGUUGGUUGGGUUGAAGGAGGGAGAAAAGAAGCGAGAAAGUUUGGUCUUACCAGGGAUAGUGGGUAGUAGGAGUGGGAGUAUUCCUUCCGUAAUUAGUAAAAAUAGCAUCCCUAACACUGGAGAUUGGGAUAAAAGGAGGGCUUCAAGAGGGUAUCAGAACAUACCCGGUCUGAACAUCAACGCUCUACUGCCGAAUAUCAAAGGAAAUACAGAGAAGCGAACGGAUACUAGGGGCGGAGUCAAGAUGCUAUCGUUGGCAGAGGUGGAAGACGACGAUGCUGUGGUUGAAACACCAGAUUUUCCCACUACUAGAAAACCAGCAGUAAGGGGUUCACCAAUGGACAUGUAUAUCACGAGCGAUAGUUUGGGAUUUCCUGUUGUUAUGGAUAGAUCAAGCAGGCAAGCAACUGAGAAGAGUGGGAUUAUCGGGUUGAAUGCCGGUGAAUGGGGGUCUUCGAAAAAGAAAGGAGGGUAUAUGGAUAUGGGAAGUGUACCAGAAGGGUUGAAGAGGGGGCUGAGGAAUAGGGGCAGCAGCAUUCCUGCCUCUCCGAGGGGGGGUAUUCCAAGCACCCCAAAAGGUUUAAGGAAAAGUAUAAAUUUCGGGGCUCAAGGCAAUCAGAGUACCCAUGGUACAAAUAGUUCCCCUAAAACUCGGUCACCUUCUCCGCAAAAGAAUAGCAUAGCCAGUUGGGGAACUAAUACCCCCCGGCCCCGGACACCGUCAUCUAUCUCACCGAGGUCAAAGAAUACAGGGAGGAGGUCACCGUCCUCGCCUGCUAUCACGGCUACUGAUGUCAACGUGAAAACUGGGAACGGAGAUAAUGGGAAAAGAAGAAUUAGGGAGAAAUUUAAAGUGGAGGUGAAUCAUAUGAAGAUUAUAGAAGAUAGGAAGAGAAAGAGUACUAUUCCUAGGUUUAAGAGUUCGAAGGACUUUGUAAAAUGGCUAAAGGAGAAUAGACCAGGGGAUGGGACCACACCUAGAGAGGGUGCGAAGCUGGCAGGUGCUACGGCAGCCACACGUGUUAAUACUAGGAACCAACUAAGUUAG